UGCCUCCCUCUGUUCCUGCCAGGCACGGCGUAAAUCUCAAACCUCCCCUUCGUUGCGCUCCUAUAAAUGCUUUAAAAAAUGUCUCCUCCCCUCGCUGAAAAAGACUCCACAACCGGCUUUCCACAGUGUGCAAUAGAGUCGUCAGGCUCUCGGGCAAGAAGGUCUGAGAAGAGGGCUGUCGCACGCUAAGGUCGUCACAUCCGGUUCCCGGUUACUAUGGUAACAGCUGCAGGCACAACUUCGUGACCUCUGACCUCCCCCCAAUUCCUUGUCCCACCUGGGCUUCCUUCCUCGCCUGCGCUUGCCCUGUGAUCUAUACACCUGCUUCUUCUCAUCCUUCCACCAGGAAUUUGGGUGCCAGCAGGGCGGUGCCCUGGAUACCUUGGACCGCUACCGCUCCUCAAGACCUCUGACCCUGCCCCAGUGUAACGCAGCAACUGGGCUCUAUUUCCCCGCGCGCAGUCUCGGUUUCCACUCUGGUCAAGGCCGGAGGCUGGGAAAGCAGCUCCGGCGUGUCCACGCUUCCCUCUCCCCUAGGUGGUAGGACCCGCCUCCCGCUCCACCGCCCCCUCCAGGUGAGUGGUAGCUUCUGCCAGGAGCGCAAGGUGGUGGUGACACGCAUCCCCCCUCUUCCGAGCGUGCGUUGGUAGCGUCCGUGACGAAGCCAGCCCGAUCCUCCCACGCGCGCCUCCUUCCUCGCGGCCACUGCACCCUUUCGGUGCCCCUGGCUCUCACGUGCGGGGAGCUCACCCCACAUCAUCUUGCCUAGCUCCAAGAGGGAAGUGACUGUAUUCCAUCCCCCUCUUCCUUCUUCCAGCCGGGCUACUGGGGCAAAUCGGCCGGGCCCGCCCGCUUACGUCACCUUCUAGCCCCGCCCCCUCGAGGGUCCCGGGCCCUUGCGGCGGGGGCUGCCCGUGGAGGGUGUAGUCAGUUGAGGCGGCGGGAGCUCGGCGGAGUAGAGGGCCAGGUGACUGGUCCGGGCCAUGCCGAGGAAGAAGCCCUUCAGCGUGAAGCAGAAGAAGAAGCAGUUGCAGGACAAGCGGGAGCGGAAGCGAGGGCUUCAAGAUGGGCUGCGAUCCAGUUCCAACAGCCGCAGCGGGAGCCGAGAGCGGAGGGAGGAGCAGACUGACACCUCGGACGGGGAGUCUGUGACCCAUCACUUCCGUAGGCUCAACCAGCAGCCUUCCCAGGGGCUGGGUCCUCGAGUCUAUGACCCAAAUCGAUACCGGCUGCAUUUUGAGCGGGACAGCCGGGAGGAGGUGGAGAGGAGAAAGAAAACAGCUCGGGAGCAAGUGCUGCAGCCGGUCAGUGCCGAAGUGCUGGAGCUGGACAUCCGGGAGGUCUAUCAACCUGGCUCAGUCCUGGACUUUCCCCGACGUCCUCCUUGGAGCUAUGAGAUGUCCAAGGAGCAACUAAUGAGCCAGGAGGAACGGAGCUUCCAGGAGUAUCUUGGGAAGAUUCAUGGGGCUUACACCUCGGAGAAACUCAGCUACUUUGAGCACAAUCUGGAGACGUGGAGGCAGCUGUGGCGAGUUUUAGAGAUGUCUGACAUUGUCUUGCUUAUCACUGAUAUCCGACAUCCAGUUGUGAAUUUUCCACCAGCACUUUACGAGUACGUGACUGGAGAACUUGGGCUGGGCCUGGUGCUGGUCCUGAACAAGGUGGAUCUGGCCCCACCGGCUCUUGCAGUUGCCUGGAAGCAUUAUUUCCACCAACACUUUCCCCAGCUCCACGUCGUCCUUUUCACCUCUUUCCCUCGGGACCCCUGCACCCCACAGGAUCCUAGUAGUGUCUUGAAGAAGAGUCGGAGGCGGGGAAGAGGAUGGACUCGGGCCCUGGGGCCGGAGCAGUUGCUGAGAGCUUGUGAAGCCAUUACUGCGGGGAAAGUGGACUUGAGCAGCUGGCGGGAGAAGAUUGCCCGGGAUGUGGCUGGGGCCACCUGGGGGAAUGGCUCUGGUGAGGAGGAAGAAGAGGAUGAUGGGCCCGUGGUGCUGGUGGAGCAGCAGACCGACUCGGCGAUGGAGCCAGCUGGCCCAGCCCGGGAGCGCUACAAGGAUGGGGUGGUGACCAUUGGCUGUGUGGGUUUCCCCAAUGUGGGUAAGUCCUCGCUGAUCAAUGGGCUGGUAGGGCGGAAGGUCGUAAGUGUCUCCAGAACCCCGGGCCACACGCGAUACUUUCAGACCUACUUUCUCACGCCCUCUGUGAAGCUCUGUGACUGCCCGGGCCUCAUAUUUCCCUCCCUUCUACCCAAGCAAUUACAGGUUCUGGCGGGGAUCUACCCCAUCGCCCAGAUCCAGGAGCCGUAUACUGCAGUGGGCUACCUGGCCUCCCGAAUCCCUGUGCAGGCCCUGCUCCACCUGCGCCACCCCGAGGCCAAGGACCCCUCGGCAGAGCACCCCUGGUGUGCCUGGGACAUCUGCGAAGCCUGGGCAGAGAAACGUGGUUACAAGACAGCCAAGGCUGCGCGGAAUGAUGUGUACAGAGCGGCCAACAGCCUCCUGCGGCUGGCGCUGGAUGGCCGCCUUAGCCUGUGCUUUCAUCCCCCGGGCUACAGCGAACAGAAAGGCACCUGGGAGUCCCAUCCAGAGACCACGGAGCUGGUGGUUUUGCAGGGUCGGGUGGGGCCAGCAGGUGAUGAGGAGGAAGAGGAGGAGGAGGAGGAGGAAGAGCUGAGCAGCUCCUGUGAGGAGGAGGGAGAGGAGGACCGGGAUGCAGAUGAGGAGGGGGAGGGGGAUGAGGACACCCCAACCUCAGCUCCAGGGUCCAGCCUGGCCUCGAGGAACCCUUAUUCCCUUUUGGGGGAGGACGAGUGCUGAGGCCCUGCCCUGCGCCAUCUCCCUCACCCAGUGUCUUUGCUUUUGGACUGACCUGGGAGUAUUUCUCCUCUGCCACCCUAAUUGUGAAUAAAGAUUGUCUGCUUUGUAGCCCCUUC